CGUAAGUUUGAUUCACCCAAAGUUAGCUGAGUGACCUGCAGCCAUGAAAAGAUGCAUUGCUGCCGUCCUGCUGGUACUUUCUCUCGCCGCCGACGACCAUGUGGACACCAUUCGUCUUCCGAGCAACGGUCUUGCCGAUGAAGUAGCGACCGCGGCAACGGAGAUCGGCGCCGAGAAGAAGAGGCCGUGGAAGUGCUGCGACAGCCCGUUGUGCAGCAGGUCCAUCCCGCCGCGGUGCCGCUGCAUGGACGCGGUGGAGCAGUGCGACGAGGCCUGCACCCGCUGCGAGGCGUCCAAGUCCGACCCUUCCAAGCGCAUCUGCAACGACCGGUACCAUGGCUGGCCCGGCCCGAACUGCACCGAGCCCGACGCCGACGACGUCCCAAGUGGUGCAGGUCCGGUGGUCGUUGCUCAUCAAGAAACGGUGGCGGAGGAGACGAGGCCGUGGGGGAGGUGUUGCGACCGGCCCCUGUGCACCAGGUCCGUCCCGCCGGCCUGCCGCUGCCUGGACAACGUAGACCGGUGCGCCCCCACCUGCAAGAGAUGCGUGGUGUCUAUCUUUGACCCGACCGACCACUCCUGUGACGACAUCUAUCACGGUGAACCCGGGCCAAGGUGCACUAGGGCCGACCGCAACGGCGACAUCUCCAGUGGUGUUGUGGCGGUGGCGGCAGCCGCAGAGAUAGCCGUUAGCGACAAGAAGAGCAUUGUCGGCGGCGAGGAGAAAGCGAGGCCAUGGAGGUGCUGCGACGAGCCCAUAUGCACCAUGUCGUUCCCGCCGAUCUGCUUCUGCCGCGACAGGGUGAAGAAGUGCGCCAAGACCUGCAACAAGUGCGACCAGGAUGAGUCGGACGCUUCCCGCCACGUGUGCGGCGACUCCUACUUCGGCUGGCCUGGGCCAAGGUGUACCAAGCCAAACGACGACGACGAUGUCCCAAGUGGUAUUGGUCCAGGGGUCUCUGCUCAAGCGACGGCGGCAGUGGCGAGGGUCGAGACGGCGGCAGCGAUGAUGGCUGUUAGCGAGGAGCUCAACGUCGUCGACGGCGAGAAGGCGAGGCCGUGGAAGUGCUGCGACCAGACACUGUGCACCAGGUCUGCCCCGCCGACCUGCUUCUGCCACGACAAGGUGAAGAAGUGCGCCAAGACCUGCAAGAACUGCCUCAAGGACGACUCGGGCACUUCCCUCCGCGUGUGCGGCGACCCGUACUUCGGCUGGCCCGGGCCCAAGUGCACCAAGGUCUAGCGUCGCCGCCGACGUCCGCCGCGGUGUCUAGCUAACUAGGAUGUGCAUGCACGCCCAGCUCUAUCCUUGCACUGGGCGAUGGUGAACGAAUAAAGUGAGUUGAUCGGCCGGCCGGUCAGUGGCCUUGUGUACCGAGCCACGGAGUUCUGUAUCGCACUGUGGUAGGUGCGCACGUACGUGUUGUUUUCUUCCGGGUUGUCGUUGUAGCGCUAGUAGUGUUUAGUUGCAUGGUCUCAGUAUCGAUGAAUAAGAUAAACCAGAGGCUAGUAGUGUUUAUUCA